GUCUAAAUACAUUAACACCAUGCUGCACAAAUUUAAUCUUUUUAAUGUCAAUUCCAGCCCAACUCCAAUGGCUGUGAAUCUUAAAUUAGACAAGGAUGACAGUGGAGUACCAGUAGAUGAAAAAUUAUAUAGGGGAAUGAUUGGUUCCCUCCUUUAUUUGACUGCUAGUCGGCCUGAUAUCCAGUAUAGUGUAUGCUUAUGUGCUCGAUUUCAGGCUGCACCCAAAGCUAGUCACUUGGCUACAGUUAAACGUAUAUUUCGAUACUUAAAGGGAACUGUCAAUGUAGGUCUCUGGUAUCCUAAACAAACUUGCUUUGAUCUGAUUGGUUAUAGCGACUCAGACUUCGCUGGAAGUCUUACUGAUCGCAAGAGCACAAGUGGCUCCUGUCAAUUUGUUGGUUCAUCACUUGUCUCUUGGUCAUGUAAGAAACAAGGGGCAGUUGCCCUCUCCACUGCCGAGGCUGAAUACAUAGCAGCUGGAGGGUGUUGUACUCAACUUCUUUGGCUCAAAUAUCAACUAGGUGAUUAUGGUUUAAAUGUUCCUAUCAUUCCCUUAUUUUGUGAUAACACUAGCACGAUCUGCAUGACCAAAAAUCCAGUGCAGCAUUCUCGCACUAAGCACAUUGAAAUCAAAUAUCACUUUAUUCAAGAAUUAGUUCAGAAUCAGGUCAUUGCUUUAGAUUACAUCUCCACUGAAUUUCAGUUAGCUGAUAUGUUCACUAAACCUUUAUCUAUUGAUCGAUUUACUUGUCUGUGCUAUGACAUUGGCCUACGGUCAAUUGAAAAUCUUCACGAUUUUCUUAUUAAAUGAUGCCUUGCUCUGUCUUUCCUUUUGUGUGUUGAUUCUUGAUUUAUUUAGCUUCCUUGUUUUGUUCUUGUUUCCUUUCUUUUGUCUACUGAUUUUUUGGCUUCUGCAUUUUUCUCUUCUUUGUGUCGUCUGGUCUUCCUGGCUCUUCCUUUGCCGUUCUCUAUUUAUACCCUGCUUCCUUGGCUGCUGCACUAACAAGUUGUCAGUCAUCCUUUCUUCUGCAACAAUGAAUUAUGUUUUCUCUCAAACCUACACCGGUUAUAUCUUCCCUGAGCCCAUUUCUUUCAGUCGUCAUAGGUUUGCUCUAGCUUAUGAAAAUCGUCCUAUUGCUCCUCCCAUUCAUGUUCAUCUUCCUGACUUCAUGGAUUUUGGACUUGAUGUAAGGGAGUUCAUCCAUAAUCUUGGCUGGGAUUUUCUUUUGCUAGAUCCUCCUUUUCUGAUCUGUCCUGAGCUGGUUAGCUACUUUUACUCAAAUCUCCGCUCUUUUGGCCUGCACAGUCGCUGUUUUUCAACUGUAGUUUAUGGGCAUCUCGUUACCAUUCCUGUGCCUGAGUUGGCUCGCCUUCUCGGCAUUCCUCCAGUAGGCGAAGUGUUAGCCCAUGAGUCUGAGCUUUGGCAAUAUAAUUUUAAUAUCGCGGCAGAAUUUGUUCAGCUCACUGGGAUUCAUCCUGGUCCUGCAACUUCUCUGCCUGUUGCAUCUGUCAUUCCUCGGCUUCGUGCUCUUCACUUUGUGAUCACUCGAAUUCUUCUGCCACGCACCCAAUCCUUAGAUCUCAUCCUUCCCUUAGAUUUAUGGAUCAUGGCCCAUGCUGUUAAUGGUGUUCCUUUAGACUUUUCAUACCUCCUGUUUGGAGUAUUCAUGACCUUUGCGGACUCUAGUUUUCCUGGCCCUCUUCCGCUUGGCCCCUUGGUCACUCAUUUAAUUCUUCGCCUGGGGAUUUCCAUUUCUCCUUUCCGAACGGAACAGCCUUCUUGGUUCUUCCUUAUUGACCAAGUCCUUGACGAGCUUGAGAUUGCAAACGAGGGGGAGAUGGCUGUUGCUGCUGAAGAUGCUGAUCCGGAGCCUGAGGGAGAUGCUGAUCCGGAGCCUGAGGGAGAAAGUGAUCCUGUAGAAGAAGAAGAAGAUGAUGAUUAUCAGUUUGAAGCUGCCUUCAUUUAUGGACCCACUAGACUGGUUGAUUACAGCUCCGAUGAAUCAUUUGUUGUCUGACUUAGGGGGAGUUGUGGGAGCUUUAUCUUAGGGGGAGUUGUCUUUCGGAUAUGAUUGAUUCUGUUUGGUUUGUGUAUUUGACAGUGUGGUUUUAGUUGCUCUUAGACCUUCUUCUUGUGUGUGGUGGUUGCUUAUUGUCAUGCUUUGUGCUCGAUGAGUGUUUUUGCUCUGUGCUCGAAAUGUGUUCUUUUGCAGGUACUUCUUCAUUUGCAAUCUCUGAUCUAGGGGGAGAUUGAUGGACGAGAUCAGAUAUGGCAAAAGCUAACAAGGAAAGUGACUGUAUAAGAAAAGGAAGGUGAUGAUCUUGAUCAAACGGCUAGUUAGCCUAACGGCUAAUUUGGGGCUAUAUAUAUUCUCUGUUCAUUCUUCUUUGAGUUCAACUUUUACAGAAGAGAGCAUUAGGCGGUACAGGGCUUUUUGUCUUAAAGUAAAAGGGGGUUUCUCUAGGGGUAUAGGGUCUGAGAGAAGUGGCUGAUUAUCUUUGCAGAGUUUUGGGAUUGAAACUCUGGUUGAGUUCUUGAUAUUAGAUAGAGUUCAUUUUCUUUGUAAUUGUAUCAAUUAAAGCAAAAACAAUAGUGUCUCUCGGCAGUAGUGGUGACUAUUGCCGAGACGAGGACGUAGCCAAUUUUGGGUGAACCUCGUUAAAAUCUCAGUGUUCUCUUUACCUUUCAAUUUCUGCUUCUUUCUCUUUGAAGAUUGCUGGGUUGUUUCUGUUCUGGAAAACAUACAGAGUUCUACUCUGUUCUUCAUUUCAGAAACACAAAGGGCCAAGGGCUCCAAAGCCCAUUCGUUAUUAUUAUUUCUCAACUAAUCAAACUGGGCCUAUCUUUGUCUUCGGCCCAUUUUGUUUAAAACAAGAGAAUACAUUCUCUUUACUCUGCUUGUCAUCGUCCCUGUCGACAUUCCUUCUUCCCCUUUCUUCUUUUCAGAUUCGAAACCAAAUCCCUAACUCAAGUUUGACCUUCAGUAGUAGUGCGGUUCAAAUAAUUCAUUCAUAGGCAAUGAAGAAUGUUUUAAAGAUAUGGAUGAAAGAAGUGUUUUCGGGUGGCUUUAAUGUGGAUAUUUAAAAUACAAAAACAAUGCCAACCCCACUAUCUUCUUUAUUGGGUUUGGAAAAAACCUACCAAUGAUAUAUGGUUGGGUUUCUCCGAUAAAAUUGAUUCAGAUUUUUUUGAAUGCCCAAAUUAUUUUGUCAUACCGUUUCUUUUUAUUUUUAUGUUUUUGUCCUUUGUUUGAAAAUCUUUAUUAUGGAUUUGAUUCGAUAAUUCAGCAUUGUUACAUUGUUGUUUUGUUUCUUAUUAUAGUUUGUGGAAAACGAAUUAUGCAAAUAAUUCAUUCAUAGGCAAUGAAGAAAGUUUUAAAGAUAUGGAUGAAAGAAGUGUUUUCGGGUGGCUUUAAUGUGGAUAUUUAAAAUACAAAAACAAUGCCAACCCCUUUAUCUUCUUUAUUGGAUUUGGAAAAAAACCUACCGACGAUAUAUGGUUGGAUUUCUCCGAUAAAAUUGAUUCAGAUUUUUUUGAAUGCCCAAAUUAUUUUGUCAUACCGUUUCUUUUUAUUUUUAUGUUUUUGUCCUUUGUUUGAAAAUCUUUAUUGUGAAUUUUAAUCGAUAAUUCAACAUUGUUACAUUAUUGUUUUGUUUCUUAUUAUAGUUUGUAGAAAACGAAUUAUGCAUUCUGUCAGAAUGACUUUUCCAUGUGCAUCAUUUGAAUGCUAGCUAGCUACUAGUGCAUGAUUAUAUAUUUAUUAAUUUAUUUACAAUUGGGAGUAUACUUAUUGUUAUUAAUAUUCAUAUAUAGUUAAUUAGUGUCAUCUCCCUGUUAAUGUUUGACUGUAUUAAAUAUUAAUUAAUAUCGUUUUCAGCAUUCAGACUUGUGCUUGUGUUCUCUUGGGUCCUUAUUGGUACUCCAUUCAUUGAAAUUUCAUAUUUCGUAUAGUAAAAAAGUUCGACAAGAGUAAAGAGACUAUUACUAU